GCGCUCAAACAUUUUAUUCAGUUUGCUUUAUCGCAAUUGAAGAUAGUUUAAUUCCGACAAAAUGUUGAAUAGUAACUUCAUCUUCAUUAUACUAAUUGCCUGUCUGGCAACCGCUGCUGCUAAAUUUAAUACUGUUGUCCGAAGCCAUUACGAAGAGAAUUUGUCAUACUUCAAAAAUCAACAUUGUAAGCCCAGUAGACUGGAUAAGGGAAUACAAUGUCAUAACAUUGGACCAACGAUUGAAGUUCAAGGGGGAUUGUAUUCGAAUUAUGAGCUACAUUAUGUGCCGUUGGCCUCAGCGUAUUACGUAGCACGUUUUGCCGACGCUUGGGGUUAUCAAGACCGUUGUCCAACAAACACUACAUUUUUAAGAGAGUUGGACAUUCAAACACCUUGGAGUGGCACUCGUGGCGCUAUUGCCGUAGAUGGAGCAUGUGGAUAUAAAGACCUAACACGGAGACAAUGCAUGUUCCCUGACGGCAAAUAUCCUUUCCUGUGCACGGGAAUCGAAGGAAAUCCAGGAACAUAUGGAAGAAGACUGGAAACUCUUUCCUACAACAGCAUACUGCAGGGUGAAAAUUUGAGAUGGGCGCUUUUUGUUCACUGUUGGAGAGCCAAGUCUCCAGAAGAUCCGAAUUCUAAGGAAAUCGCUACCUCGUUCAAUGUGUUCAACUUGGAUCCAGAAUUCACUGCUGAAGACAGAGCACUCGUCAUUGCAGAAUUGAAAAAACGUGGAUUCAACACCCACUCAUCGAAUCUUAUUGAAUUCGAUUACUCGACAACAAAUUGCAGUUAAUUUUUCAAAAAUAUUUUUGAGACUUCCAUGCAUGAUGCGUCGUUGUUAUAACUUUCUAAGCUAAAUAAAGCUAACGUUUUGAAAC